CACUCCGACUUGACUCCCACGCUUUGCUGUUUGAUCCUUCUUUCGACUCAGAGCCGUUCUCGCUUAUAGAGAAACAGAGACGCGUGACGCGCAGGAUCGUUAAUUGGAGCUUUGGGGCACUGGCGUUCCUUGCCGGAGAAGAUGAAGAUCAACGUAAACACCGUCGCCCGCAAAGUGGAGGUUGACAAUCGCAUACCCCUCCAUUAUUAUUAUCGGAUUGCCGAUAAUCUUCUCAAACAGGCUAAUAUCUACCGGGAGGAGAACAAUAUAGUUGACUUGUAUAUCAUACUUCUCAGAUUUUCAAGUUUGGUUUCUGAAACCAUACCAUGUCAUCGAGAUUACCAAACUUCACUUCCCAAACAAAAAGCUGCAUAUAAGAAGAGAUUGUUUGCUGUACUGGAUGAGCUUGAAUCUUUGAAGCCAGAAUUCAAACAAAAGGUUAAUGAAUUGAAUGAGUUACAUGGGGACGCACAAUUUCCUAAAGUUAAUGACUUCAGCAAGGCUUUGCACAGUUCAAUGACUUCAUCUUUGGAAUGGCCUGCUGUCAAUAAUAAUUCUUACUCAGGAAUGGAUUCUAAACAGCCUGCUGGCUUGGGUCUACAGUCUUCAUGGAAAUUUAAUAAUAAUGCUGGUCAUUACGUAUCUUCAAAUGCUGUGCCUAAUGACAAGCAGUUUCAGAAACUAUCUCUUAGUUUACGUCUACCAAAGGAGGAGACUCUAUCCAGACACUCAUUUUUGGGACCAAAUGGUCUUCGGGGCCAGUGGCUUGGACCAAGUGCAGGAGUGAAGGUUCAAUAUCCAAGCAGUAGUGAUUUGACUAGUGCUGAGAAUUCAAGUCUGAAUCAGGCUGGAAAAUAUGAUCUUGUGGGAUUUAAAGAGGGUGAUCCAGGAACAGGCAUGUCCACAAUGGAGUCAGUGCUCUCCUUGGAUGAUGGAAGCUGGUCGCAUCCUGCUGAUGAGUCAUGUCCUCCUCUAUUGAAUGAAUCGGGGGACAGUAACUUCCAGUUGCUCAACAUCAAGCAACCUUCACCUCCUCCAGUUCUUGCUCAGAUUCAGCCAGAAUAUACCCCAAUUCCUCCUUCAAAAGUUGCAGAUCCAAGACCAGGACCAGCUAAGUCUUUGGAUUCUCCACUUGGUCCUUCUGAUUAUCAGCACCUGCAUAUUCCUGUCAAAAUGAUGGAUGAUUUUUUGAGGUUGGCUCUGGAAAAUACACGGAAAAACUUGGAGACUUGUGGUGUUCUUGCAGGGUCCCUGAAAAACAGGGUCUUCCAUAUUACUACACUCAUAAUCCCAAAGCAGGAAUCAACUUCUGACUCGUGCCAAACAUUGAAUGAGGAAGAGAUAUUUGAAGUUCAAGACCGUUUAUCUCUUUUUCCUUUAGGCUGGAUCCAUACACACCCAUCACAGACUUGUUUCAUGUCAUCGGUAGAUCUCCAUACACAUUACUCAUACCAGAUCAUGUUACCGGAGGCAAUUGCAAUUGUCAUGGCCCCUACUGAUACAAAAAGUCCACAUGGCAUAUUUCAUCUGUCUGACCCUGGUGGUGUGUCAAUAAUUCGCAACUGUCAGCAACGUGGAUUUCAUCCACAUGAAGAGCCGUCUGAUGGAAGUCCAAUUUAUGAGCAUUGCUCUCAUGUUUAUAUGAACGCUAACCUGAAGUUUGAUGUUGUUGACCUUCGAUAGAGAUGAUUAAUCUAGGAUUGCAGGCUCGCGGAAGAACAUCUUUCCAGAGUUAAACAAGAACGGCAUGUUUGCUUACCUGGCUGUCAUCUUGAAAAUUGAACUUCAUGCUGAUUCUUUUGUAUUUAGUGAAUGAGCUAGAGAAAACUAAUCGCCCACCUCGAGAUUUUGUAUCAUGCCAGGGAAAUUGCACGAGAUGAUUGUAUCAUAAAAGAAAGAUGAUUGUGUAAAUAGUGGUAUUAAAUUGGAGGUGGAGAAACCAGAAAUAUGACAACUGUUAUCACGCAAGAUGGUGCAAUGAAUUGGACGGGUGCCAUCAGAUACAGGCUACAGGUUCAAUGUUAAGGUGAAUUCAUUGUCUAGACAUGUUCAUGGUAGUUAGUUUGCCGCU